AUGAUACUCGUACUCGACGAACUUGCUUCCGGCGCCAUAGCCGAAGCACCCGCUCUGUACUACCGCGAUGACGAGCUCGAAGAAUACGACAACUACAACUUUUGGUCCGAGAUUGAAUACGGCAACGGCGAAAUCUUCGACCAAGACAUCUCNCCCGACAAAGACGACCAGAAAAAGAAGUCCAAGGCUUCAGACAUCAGAGACACCAUUAAGAAGAUUCGCUUGCGCGGCAUUCAAGACUACCCGACCGUCUUGUGGAAGUCCUCACAGGAAGCUUUCAGCCUGCGUCAACAAUGCCCUGUCUACGAUAAACCACAACAACCGACUGCGCUUCUGCCCAAUUGGCGGCAACUCUUAAAAGACCGACCCGCCGUUUUCACUACAUCCUACAUGGCCAUACACUCCGCUAAAGACGACAAACAAGACGACGACUGGGAGGAUAUGGAGGAAGACAACGACGAGUCAGGUCAGGAUGAUGAGGAGGACGAAGAGGAAGAGGAGGAUGAAGACGAAGAAGGUGAAGACGGCAUGGACUUGCAGGACAUUGAUCCCGAAAUGCUCAAGUCGGCCCUCGCCGCGAGACUAUCCGCCUCAGGCAUGACUGGCAAAGACCAAACUGCCAUGAUGGAGGCAAUGAUGCAGAUGUUGGCAGGCGGCGGAGGUGCAGGCACUGAUGAUCUCCUUGAGAGUCUGACAUCAAACAUGCUGAAUCAAGUGACUGAGGAAGGCGGUGAUUCGUCGAUGGGACAGUGGCUGUCUGGUCAGGGUGUCUCUUUGGAGGACGAUAACGACGACGAUGAACAAGACAUACACGCUACGACUGGCGCGUCUGACGACUCCUCGCCAAAGGACAGUGUAGCGGCCGAACAGCCACCCGCUGCUCCCAAAUCUUCUGAAUCGUCCAUCGAAGCACUCCUCGAGCCUCAGUCAACUGGCAAGAAGCGGAAACAUCCUCUAUCUAAGGAGGUCAAACAAGAUGAGGCGACAGAUGAGCCUCCAUCGGACGAGGGUCCGAUUCACAAACGAACCAAGCAAGACAUACCCAAACCUUCGAACACCUCUACUAAGCUCAAGGCCUCAACACGCAAACCGAUAGUGCCACAAUCGAGAACACAAAUCGCGACCGAUAAGUCCACUACGAAGCCAAAGACUGCUGCGCCAGCCAAGUCCAAGCCCGAGACGACAAAAGCCACCAAACCCAAGUCCUCGACUAUUCAAGCAAAGGAAAAUGUUCCUGCCACCGACUCGACCACAAAGCCAACCACAAGGAAACGUAAAGCUGCAGACGAGGAGAUAUCGGAGGAGAAGCCUAAGCGACAGUUGCGCAACUUUGCUGCACCUACUGCAAGCAGUCAGAGCAAAAGUGCCGAGGCCAAGGCGUCCGAAUCAAAGACUACAAGAAGCGGCAAGGCCAGAAAGUAG